CUUACAUGCCAGAAGUUAGUUUCUAUUGGCCGCGAGCGUCGCCGGGGUUUGUUGUGAGUUCUUGUGCAGAGCCAGGGAGAUAUUGGUUUUUAGUUUGUCAUUAGAUCCUGUCAGAAGAAUAAUGUCUUGAAAAACAAGCAAUGGCUAUUGUACAUUGUCAGUCAGCAGGAUGGCUACUGGAUCAUCUCUUCUUCAUAAACAAAUCUGGCUACCAGUUGCGCCACUCCCAUGAACACCCUGCCAGAGACUUUAUUGAUGUUACUUCUGCUGCUGCUUCUUCAGAUAAGGAUCCUGUUGUGGCUGCUACCCAAGUUACUUCAAACCUUUGCGGAAAAAAGUCUGCUUCUGAGCUUGGAGCUGUGGGGAAGAAAUCAGAUGAAAUGCUAAAGAAGACAUUCUUGUUCAGGAGGGAAUUUUUUAAUGUCUUUAAGCCCCACAUAGCUGCAGAUUUUCAAAAAGAACUUCAGCAACAGAGCUCUGAGGCUAGUCUGGAGGACAAAGGAUCAGAACAGCAGGAAGGCGCUGAAGCUGCUAAAAAGAAACGGAAAAGAAGAAGCACUGUAUUAAAUCAUGGUGAAUGUGAUGCCUUAGAAUAUCAUUCAAAGAUACGCAAGGUGAUUUUGGAAGGUACCAGAAGUUUAGUUCAAGAGGGAUUCAAAAGUGGCUUUCUCCAGCCCAGUUCUGCAAAACCAAUCUGUUCCACGACUCAUGAUACAAUACACAGUGAUUGUGGCUUGGCUGAAUUAUGUGAGAUGGCAAAACAGUACUCAUCAGUAACUGAAACAGAGCAAAGAGCUGUAUGCAAGAUUAGUGAAGACACCUCUGUGCCAGAACAGGUUCAGCUUUCCUGUGUUACAGAAAAUGUCACAAAUGAUACAAAAUUGAUAACGUUAAUGGGACAUACAUAUUUAUUUCCACCCCAAAGCAGUUUUCUUUUAUCUGAUAUUUCUUGUAUGCAGCCACUUUUGAAUUAUAAUAAAAAAUUUGGUGUAAUUGUGAUAGAUCCACCAUGGGAGAACAAAUCUGUUAAAAGAAGUAAUCGGUACAGCUAUUUGUCACCGUGGCAAAUCAAGCAAAUUCCUGUGCCAGCCCUGGCAGCCCCAGAGUGCCUUGUGGUCACAUGGGUGACUAACAGGCAAAAGCAUAUUCGUUUUGUAAAGAAUGAACUUUAUCCACACUGGGCUGUGCAUGGAGUGACAGAAUGGUACUGGGUAAAGAUUACAAGGUCUGGAGAGUUUGUGUUUCCAUUGGACUCUUCUCACAAGAAGCCUUAUGAAAUUCUCGUAUUGGGCAGAAUCCAAGGAGGUACAGAUAUGCCAUUAAGAAUAUCAGGAGAUGAAGCCCUUCCAAUUCCAGACCGUAAAUUAAUUGUGAGUGUGCCUUGUACUCUUCAUUCACAUAAGCCUCCUCUUACAGAGAUUCUGAAAGAAUAUACCAGACCAGAUGUGGAGUGUUUGGAGCUAUUUGCUCGGCAUUUGCAGCCCGGGUGGACCAGUUGGGGCAACGAAGUUCUCAAAUUUCAGCAUAUGGACUACUUCACUGCAGUGUGAACUAAAAGGUGACUGGAGUCAGUUGCUGUAGUGGCAAUCUGAUCAUGUUUUUGCAAUCAACUUGUGAAACUUACCGGUAGUAGUUUGGACUACUAUAUCAACAACCAGUCCUCAAAGAGUUGUACUUGUCUGUUGGAGUUUGGCUCUAGGGAUUUCUUUGAAUUAGAAACUAUCAAACAUAGAUCUUCCUUCAUAAUAAUUACAAUGUGAGUAUACCUGAGUGAAAGAAGAAAAAAGGUAAACAUAUCUGCGCAAUUAGGGCAUGUUCAAUAUCGUAUAUUGCCUGAUAGAUAUGCAUUUCCCAUGUUUUAGCAUACUAAUUAUGCUCCACUACAACAUUGUUGCACAAUAUACGAAGAACAGUCACAUGCCCAAGAUAACAACUAUUUCCAUGUUCAGCUCAAAAUAACGUAACUGUAAACUUUUAUAUUGUGAUAAUUAGUUCUACCUCAAUACAGCUAUUUUCCAUUUUUGAUCUGAAUGUGCCUUUUUAUUUGGAAAUUAAGGCUAAAGUUGAAAAUUGUUGCUAUUUCUAAGGCACAUUCUUGCUAGCCACUUUAUAAGGUUUGAAGAGUUUUUUAAAAAACCUUGUCCAGCUAAAGUUAAUUAUGUCUGUGUCACACUGAAUGCAACAGGACUUGGAGUAAUUGUGAUUGGCUUGUCCCAUUGGCUUCAGAGGGCGUUAAGUGGGACCACCUUUGCUGGACUUGGACAUUCCUUUAUUUAAAAUUUUCCAUCUCCCUAGUACUUACAGGACCUAAAUUUCGUUGAAUAAAUGUUCUUCCUUUGCUUAAAAAGUUGUUCUACAAUGAGCAUGACAAUUAUUUUUAGAAUGACAAGUGAAUAUGCCCUUCUUUUGCUUCAGGAUUUGAAAAAAGCCACUCUGAUAAAAUUACCAUAUGUCUGUAUGCAAGACUGAAACUGCAUCAAAAUGGAUAUUUUAAGAGGAAAUCGAUCUUACUCAAGAUUGAGAAGAAUAAAUUUCUACGAUAAAUUAAAUAAACUUUGGAUUGUUCAGUGUGCUGUUAAAUUUUUAAAUAAGCCCUAGAAGUUUACAAUGGACUUUUUGUACCUUUGAUCAUAAAAAAUCAAUUUUAGAAAUAUUUUUCUUGAUGCAUUAUUUACAGGUGUCUUCGUUUUACAUGCAUGCUUAAAUUGAAAUGUUUUCUUAUAUUGUCUCUGGGGACCAUCAAGGCUAAAAUAAUGCCAUGUUGUUGUUUUUGUUUCAAAAGAUGUCAACUGAAAUGAGUUGGAAUUGACCUACCUGGGCUCCCUUUCACUUGCAUGCAGGCAGCCAUUCCCCCACUCCCACCCCUUGUUUUUUGGUAGCAACACACUAUGAAGUAACUAUCCAGCCAGAUCUUAAAACUUAUCAUGAUGCUUGCGCCAUAAUUUGGAUAAAGGAGUGGAUUACUUUAAACAACAAAGAGACCCUGGCAUUGGAAGGGUAUGGAAUGCCAGCAGGAUGGCACAAUCAAUUAUGGCCAGAUCCCUCCAAAAAAGUAAAAAGAACUACGGUUAUAAAACCACAUACUAUUCGGAAGGCAUUAUUAAAAACAUGGCAGAAAUACCAAAAAAUAUUGUAUCAUAGGAUUCCGGGAUGGGUAUCUAGAUAUGAAUUUCUACAACCAUCUUCAAGUACAAUAGAGGGUAGAAGAAUAUGCUAUAGAGAUAUAAUAGAAAAGGAACAAACCAAAUAUAAACUUAAAAAAGAGAAUCAAUAAUAAUAAACAAUAAUAUAUGUCAUUGGUACACAUAUAACCAAUUAUUAAGUUAUUACCAAAAGGAUAAGGAAAGAUGGGGCUUUGCUCUUAAUGAAAAUACAGUAGACAAAAUUCUCUUUAAAAAUGAGCCUAAACAAAUUAGUAAGGUUUAUAAACUGUUGCUACAGCUUAAAACACAAGAUGAGCAAUUCAUGAUUCAAAUGAUCAAAUGGGCAGAAACCAUUGAUAGACCUAUCCUACUGGAAAAAUGGACUAGUUAUUGGAAGAAUAUAUACUUAUUUACCCCAUGUGUAUCUAUAAGAGAAAAUCAUAUAAAAAUGUUUUAUCGAUGGCACUAUACCCCUCAGAAGUUGGCUAGGAUGUAUAAAAACUACUCACCUGUUUGUUGGAAGUGUGAUGAAGCAGUAGGGUCAUACAUGCAUAUAUGGUGGUCCUGCAAAAAAGUAAAAAAAGUAUUGGCAAACAGUACAUAAACAAGUACAGAAAAUUAUAAAUAUAAAAUUUGAACUUAAUAUAGAAACAUGCCUGUUGAGUCUGGUGAUUGCAGAUCCGUCUUUCCCAGCUAAUGCACAAAGGUUGUUUUUUUACUUAGCAACGGCAGCAAGGAUAUUAUUGGCGGCAAAAUGGCGAUCACCAACACUCCUGAAUGUGGAAGAAUGGAUUCAUAAAGUACAAGAAAUGAGUACUGCAUAUAUAUUAUCGCAGCAUAUAAAAGUGACAAAUAAAUUUCAAGAAACAGCUAAGACUCAAACUAUUAAAUGGGAGGAUUGGGAUAGCUAUAUAAAGAUUAGAUAUAAUUUGUAGAAAUAAUCUCUAUAUAAAAAUCUAUCAGUUUGUUUUUCUGCUGACAGGUAAUCUCCCAAACUACUGGACCGGUUGCUUUGAAAUUUUCACACAACGUCGCAUUCAC